AUGGCUGUUUCUAGUGCCGUCUUGCUGCGAUCUCCGUUUCGUACGAGCAUCUGGACUGGCUGGAUGGGGAUCGAGAUUCCAAACCUGCAUCCCAAUAUCUCUGGUCAGUGGACUCACAAUCCCAUUGCCCAAGCCCGUCCAAACCGUCCCCAUGAUGAGGAUGUGGCCCGACCAGGGCGAAACGCCCCUCCCUCUCUCCCCGAACGCCCUUGGAGAACCCAUUUCAACCAUUCCCACGACAGACACCACACUCCGUGUUCCAUGAUGGCUGCAUCAUCUGUUGCUAUCCACAGCUUCAAGUGUGGAUCAACGCUCCAGGUUGAAAGAGAACGAGCCGUUCGACAUGAAAGCCAUCCAUCCUAG